AAUGCAACACCGCCGAUUACAGUAACCAAAGGCGGUUCUCCCACUUUCCAUUUAUGCAACUCUUUCCUUAUAUAUUUGCACUUGGAGCUCAAGUUCUCUUGUUCUUUCUCAUCAAUCAUAAACACACAAUACUACUAUUCAAACCUCGUGUUCCACACGGUUUGAUUGUUUUAUUGUUCCAAUGGAUUACGCAAGAACCGAGUUUCAAGCUAGUUUAGAUUCGGAGCAAAAAGGAUCAACGAUAUCUGAAUCUGGAAGCUGUGAUUGUUAUGAGCAACCAAGACCGUCUUUCGCAGAUGAACACGGUCUCAUGGAGUUGUUUGAAGGCGACAAAGCUUACGAUUUAAUCUACCGUAACUGUAAGUCUGGUCUCGGAGAUCAAUGCCAGCUUCUCUCCAUCCUCAGAAACGGGUUUCGCACCCUCGGGUCUCGUGCAAAGCUCAAGACUUUCCAGGUUUUUCAAGAGGCGGUGGAAAUGAAACACGUCGGUGAAGAAGGCGGCGGGAGUAGAGUCAAAUACGGUUGGUGCGCCGUCACGAAAACAGAGUUGAAGCCUAUUUUAGAAUAUGGAUUUAGCCAGCCGAGUAACGAUGGUUCUUAUGGUCGUGGCUUGUAUCUCUCUCCUGAUAAUGCUCUUCUCGAAUGUGUGAAGGGUUCAGCUGCGGAGUCGGAAGAUGGGAUGAGAUUCUUGCUGCUUUCGAGAGUUGUACUUGGGAAGUCAGAGGUUGUUCCACGAGGGUCGUCUCAGUCGUGUCCUAGCUCUCCAGAGUUUGAUUCUGGUGUAGAUAAUUUAUCUUCUCCGAAGAAGUAUAUUGUGUGGAGCACUCACAUGAACACACAUGUCUUGCCUGAGUUUCUUGUCUGCCUCAAAACUCCGUUUAACUUCAACAGUCCAAGGAGAUUGAGAUCGCCAUGGAUGCCGUUUCCUUUACUGAUCAAAGCAUUAUCCAAGUUCCUACCUCCUCCUCAGAUAUUCAUCAUUCAAAAACACUAUAGAGAUCAGCAAAACAUGAGAAUCUCGCGGAGCGAACUAAUACAGCGAGUCAGAAGAAUAACCGGAGACAAACUGCUUGUACAUAUCAUCAAAGCUGUUGGAAAUAAAGUACAACAACAGUAAAAGACUCCAUUGCAGAGAGAUCAUCAUUCUGCUGCAUUUAUGGAUUCUCCUCAGUGUUUUCAGCAUCACAAGGAUCAAGACCGGUUCAGAGAUUUGUAAUGUGUGUAACACAUGAGAGGACUCUGCUGUUUGUCUUUCUCCAUUGAUAGUGACGAAAUUUUAUAUUAUCCAAUAGACUAUUUUAUGAUCAA